GCCAUUUUGCUGCUGAGCACCAAGAGAGAAAGACAGCACAUAUUUCUCCGUGGGACACUCCUCAUAUUGGUGGGUGAGAAAUGGGCGACUGGAGUUUCCUGGGGAACAUCUUGGAGGAGGUGAAUGAGCACUCCACCGUCAUCGGCAGAGUCUGGCUCACCGUGCUUUUCAUCUUCCGGAUCCUCAUCCUUGGCACGGCCGCGGAGUUCGUGUGGGGGGAUGAGCAAUCCGACUUCGUGUGCAACACCCAGCAGCCUGGCUGCGAGAACGUGUGCUACGACGAGGCCUUUCCCAUCUCCCACAUCCGCCUCUGGGUGCUGCAGAUCAUCUUCGUCUCCACCCCGUCCCUGAUGUACGUGGGGCAUGCCGUGCACUACGUCCGCAUGGAGGAGAAGCGCAAAAGCCGCGAGGCAGAGGAGCUGGGCCAGCAGGCGGGAGCUAACGGCGGUGAGAGGGGGCCCCUCAGCCCGGACCAGGGCAGCGUCAAGAAGAGCAGCGGCAGCAAAGGCACCAAGAAGUUCCGGCUGGAGGGGACCUUGCUGAGGACCUACAUUUGCCACAUCAUCUUCAAGACCCUCUUUGAAGUGGGCUUCAUCGUGGGCCACUACUUCCUGUACGGGUUCCGGAUCCUGCCUCUGUACCGCUGCAGCCGGUGGCCCUGCCCCAAUGUGGUGGACUGCUUUGUGUCCCGGCCCACAGAGAAGACCAUCUUCAUCCUGUUCAUGUUGUCUGUGGCCUCUGUGUCCCUCUUCCUCAAUGUGAUGGAGUUGGGCCACCUGGGCCUGAAGGGGAUCCGGUCUGCUUUCAAGAGGCCCGUAGAGCAGCCCCUAGGGGAGAUUCCUGAGAAAUCCCUCCACUCCAUUGCUGUCUCCUCCAUCCAGAAAGCCAAGGGCUAUCAGCUCCUAGAAGAAGAGAAAAUAGUUUCCCACUAUUUCCCCUUGACCGAGGUUGGGAUGGUGGAGACCAGCCCACUGUCUGCCAAGCCUUUCAAUCAGUUCGAGGAGAAGAUCAGCACAGGACCCCUGGAGGACUUGUCCCGGGGCUACCAAGAGACACUGCCUUCCUACGCUCAGGUCGGGGUGCAGGAAGUGGAGGGCGAGGGGCCACCUGCAGAGGAGGGAGCCGAACCCGAGGUGGAAGAGAAGAAGCAGGAAGAAGAGAGGCUGACCACGGAGGAGGAGGAGAAGCUGGCUGUGCCAGAGGGGGAGGAAGCAGAGACCCCCGGAGUGGGGAAGGAGGGUGAAAAAGAAGAGCUGCAGUCGGAGAAGGUGUCAAAGCAAGGGCUGCCAGCUGAGAAGACGCCUUCACUCUGUCCGGAGCUGACAACAGAUGAUGCCAGACCCCUAAGCAGGCUGAGCAAAGCCAGCAGCCGAGCCAGGUCAGACGAUCUAACCGUAUGAAGUGAUGCCAAA